AUGGCUAGAAACUUACAAUCGCAGCUAAAAACUCUGCAAAAACGUGAACGACAAAUAGUGCUUAUGCUGGACAGUGUCGAUCGUUUUUUGCAACACUAUAAUUCGGAACAUGAUGAGUGUCAAUUAACUUCUAGGAUUCAAGCUUUGGAUCCAGUGUACAGUGAGUUUUACGAAGUGCGUGGAAAAAUAGAGAUUGCUUUGGAAGAGGCCGAUGAAAAGCUGGACAAGGAUUUGGAAGAGGACACUAAAAAGGAAGCAGAAAAGCAACGACAGGAUGAGAACGAGAGGAUUUUGCUGGAGUUUGAGGAUCGAUUUUUCGAGCUGAAAGGAAUGCUCAUGAAACUUCAAUCAUCGAAAUCAUCUCAGCCAAGCGACGAGUCGAGAUUCAGCCAAGAUCGGUCCGCCCCAUUCUCUCGUGUCAAGCUUCCAGAGAUUCGACUUCCAACCUUCAACGGGAAGAUCAAGGAAUGGGUGACGUUCAGAGAUAGCUUUCGGAGUCUCAUUCACUGCAAUCCUCAGCUAGGAUCUACGGAGAAGUUCACGUAUCUCAGGUCUGCCGUCACAAGUGAUGCGUUGAAGGAUAUCGCAUCCAUUGAACUCACCGAUGCCAACUAUGAUGUCGCUUGGGAUAUUUUGGAGGAGCGUUACGAGAAUCGUAAGCUCAUUGUGAAGGCUUACCUGGACGCAUUAUUCGCUUUAGAACCUCUGAAGAAAGAAGGCUACGACGGGCUGAAUAAUCUGAUCACCGAGUUCGAGAAGAAUCUUCAGAUGUUGCAGAAGGUCGAUGAAGAAACCGAAGGCUGGAGUACAAUCCUGGGUUACAUGCUGAGCGCCCGUCUUGAUCCUGUUACUCUUCGAAAUUGGGAAACACACCAUAACAGCAAGGAAGUUCCCAGGUACGAAGACCUCAAGAAGUUUUUACGCAACUAUUGCAGUGUUCUCCAAUCUGUAGCGCCAUCGAAAGGGUCAAGUUCAACAGACAACAAGCAAUCCAGGAGUUCAGUAUGUAAUACCGCAUACAAGUCGUCGAAUCGGUGUCCAUUCUGCAACGAUCCGUGGCAUUCACCCUUCCACUGCCAGAAGUUCAUGCGUCUCAAAUUGUCUGAGCGUUUGGAUGCGGUUAAUCGAGCCAGAGUCUGCCGUAACUGUUUCCAGAGUGGUCAUUUCGCAGCGAAUUGCAGCCGAAGUACCUGUCGUCAUUGUCACCAGAAGCAUCAUUCGUUAAUCCACGCGUCGCGAUCCUCCGUUCCACACCCGUUGAAUCCGAAGCCUUAUCAACAGUCAACCUCACAACCCAUCGUUCAACAAGCAUCGUUCCAACAGCCGAAUCCACAACUCCAACCAACAAACACCGAGAACUUGCACACCUCAACACAAAAUGCACCAACAACCUCACAACACACAAACACACAACAAACCUCAACACAUAGUAACACCAGUCAAAAUUAUGUCGCACUUCCUGCUUCUUCGCAACACUGCCUCAUGACACGUGACUUCUCUCGCAAGCUGCGCUUCGUUGAAUCUCCCACGUUCCUGUCGGUCCAAGGUAUUGGAUCAUCGCAAAGUGUUUCAACAAAGGCUGUGAGCGCUGAAAUAACUCCCCGUUCGCCGAAGAUGUCCCGUUUCCAGGAAACUGUGCAAUUUUUCGUUUUGCCAAAGCUCACUCUUCAUUUGCCAACAACUUCGUUUGAUCCAUCCACUUUGUCGCUUCCUGAUGCAUCGCUCCUGGCAGAUCCGUAUUUCCAUGAGUCGAGGCGCAUAGACGUAAUAAUUGGCGCUGAAUAUUACAUGGACUUGCUCACAAACGACAGAAGGAAGAUAACUGCAAACGGACCAACUUUACAAAAGACCGUAUUCGGAUGGAUUGUCUCGGGUCGAGUAUCAAGCGCAACACCAUCCAUUUCUCAGACUUAUGUUUGUUCAACUGUAGAUCUUCAAGAUCAACUGAUGAAGUUUUGGGAACUGGAAACCUGCCGCGUUAAAAGCGUCCUGUCGAUAGAAGAAUCGUUGUGUGAAAAGAUCUUUCGAGAAACUACGAUACGUGACACUGAUGGCCGAUUCGUCGUUACGCUUCCCAAGAAAGAGUCUGUGAUUGAUCAAAUCGGCAACUCACUCACGAGAGCUGCUAGUCGUUUUACGGCACUGGAAAGGCGAUUUGAAACCGAUGCGGAUUUGAAGAAGUUGUAUGCUGCCUUCGUCCACGAAUACCUUGCACUAGGGCACAUGCAAGAAGUGUCAGACAAGUCGGAUCUAGAAAAAGGCUACUACAUACCGCAUCUCCCUGUGUUUAAACCUGACAGUACGACGACAAAAUUGCGGGUGGUGUUCGAUGCAUCAUGCAAGUCAUCCUCUGGUGUUUCGUUGAAUGAUGCUCUCAUGGUGGGACCCGUCGUCCAGGAUGAGCUGCUGGAUAUCACGCUACGCUUCAGGCUUCAUCAGUACGCGAUUGUAGCUGACAUAGCCAAGAUGUAUCGAAUGAUCAAGGUGCAACGUGGGGAUCAUCGGUGGCAAAGGAUUUUGUGGCGAGAUUCAAGAGAUGAGUCUAUUCGAACCUUCGAACUUAACACCGUUACUUACGGUACUUCCUCCGCCCCUUAUCUUGCUACAAGGUGUUUGCAACAAUUGUCCCAGGAUGGAGCUGAGGAAUAUCCGAUCGCAGCUGAGGUGCUUCUGCGUUCUACGUCGACGACAUGCUGA